GCCAGCCGGUGCGAUCGUGGCGCUGGCGGAGUGGAGCAGCGAGAGCCGCAUGUAAAUGAACACCUCCACCUUCGCGUUGCUGUCACCUGAGGAUCCAGCGGGGCACGCGGACUGUCCCGUUCCCCCCUCAUCGACGAGCUGACCGUGAACGUCUCGUGUGGAGAUAAAGAGGUUAAACUGCACUACUUUGGAGCAAACGCUGUCCGCUAAUCGCUGCCGUGUGGCGCCGCCGUUUCUCGCUACAACACGGAGAGUCUCUCUGCCGACCCCUGCUGACCAUGCGGAGCGUGUGUGCGGUGGUCCUGGCGCUCGCCGCGGCCGCCCUCUGCUCGGCGGACUCGGACACGCACAGGCCGAGGCAUGACUCCAACCUGGAGAUCUACAAGCGGCUGUUUGAGACCAAGAGGAAAGAUCAGCUGAACGCACUCAAGAACCUGGUGGAGCUGAACGACAUCAAUCAGCAGUACAAGAUCAUAGACAUCAUGCUCAAAGGACUCUUCAAGGUGUUGGAGGACUCGAGACAGAUCCUGGUUGCAGCCAACAUGCAGCCUGAUGACCCUUUCCCAAUGGAUGAUAAGAUCAAAGAAGCCUAUUCCCAUGUGGUGGAGAAUACAGCAUUUUUCGGGGACGUGGCGUUGCGCUUUCCCCGCAUUGUCCACCACUACUACGACCGGAACUCUGACUGGGGCGGUCUGCUACGCUGGGGGCUGAAUUUCUGCAACCAGACAGGGGUUUUCACAGGAGGAGCCCACCAACAUGUCCUCACACUUAUGUCGCAGGAGCUGGGAAUAACAGAGAAAGCCCCAGACUUCACAAACCCGUACCGCACAGAGAGAGACGACGUGCUCCACACUGCCGAGGCUUUCCAGAAGAUCCUGAGGGAGGAGGAGAAGAGGAGGAGGAAAGAAGAGAAGAGGAAAGAAAUCAGGAAGGGCCCCCGCAUCUCCCGCUCCCGCACCGAGCUAUAGCGCUCCACCUCAGCGCUUGUGGAGAGCAGAGACCAAGAGGAUGGAGCAGACGCACAGUCCACAAGGGGUGGCUUGACUUGUAGACUCCGAUGAGAGUGAAGUACAAAAAGCCAGGUGCUCUGUUGAAAACAAGAGGAAACCUCAAAGUGACACAAAAAAAGUAAAGUGGAAGUGGAGGUUGGAUCACUGUGCAUCUACAGUGAUUUACAAUUGGAAAAUCUAACGUUGUAUGAGGGGUAAAAGACGUCUCCGGAAUAGGAGCUGAUAAGGGAAACUCACUUUUGAUAACUUGAGGAUUACAUAACUGUACUUUGGAAUAUAAUUAAUUUUAGUACAAUAAAUUUACUUCAAACCUUUGCAAAACCCCACUGUAUUGUGUCUGGUCUAGAUUUGAUGUGUCUAAAACCCAUGUGCUUCGAAUACGCGUGGUUGCCAAAUAUAAAUUUGACCUCACCUCAUUAAAAUUGUCUGAGUAGGUUAAGCUUGAAUUGAUGGCAUAGAUUUUUAUUUUUGUUUUGUUUUGUUUUUUUUCCCUUGAACUGAAAUUUGUUCUAGAGUUUUCCAGAGGGGUGUUUGUGAAAAGGCAGAUUUACAUUCUUAUUGCUGCUCAAACUGUAAAGUACAUGUCAUUUGUUUUGUUUGCCCUAAGGACAAUAUAUGGUCUAUUUUAUUACCAUCAGGGGGGCUGGGGGGGUCAUCUGUGAAUUUUCCUUUUACUUAUUUAGUCAUUCUUUUUACACAAAUCUCUGUUGUUGUUACACUUUAAUGAGUUAAUAGGAAUUAUUUUAUCCUGUUGGAAAAGUCUGCCGACCAGAAAUACAGUAUAUGCCCUAACAUCCUGCAGUCCUGCACCCGUUUCUGUGUUGUUGUUGUUUUCUUUUUAUCUUUGCUGGAAAUUGACAUAUUUUAAAGGUUUAGAUCCAUGGAAUUGAGAUUGAUGUAAUUUUGAAAUAGUAUCACGACUGUUAUAAAACUAUAUGUAUAUUCAGAGAAAGAAUAUCAUUGCUGCAGAAUGAACAAGCCAUUUUGUUAUCAAAUUUAAUGAAAUAAAGUGACUCUCAUAUGU